UUACCUUUACAGAAUAAUGGCGUCUAAAGUGUUGACGAAGCUAUGCAUGAGCCGAAUGCUGGGAUCUGGAACCAGAAAUCUGCCCAGACAUCAAUCCACGAGUGCGCAUGCAGAUCUGGAAGCAUCUGGUUCUGUUCCUGUUGUUACUUCUUUAGACAUAAGCUCUGGGUUGACGGACGAGCAGAAGGAGUGCCAGAGUCUCGCCUUGAACUUCGCCCACAACGAAAUGUUCCCCCAGAUGGCAAAGUGGGACCAGGAGUCCAUCUUCCCCGUCGAGGUUCUACGUAAGGCUGCAGAGUUGGGAUUUGGAGCAGUUUAUACUUCAGAGGAAUAUGGAGGAACAGGUUUAUCUAGAUUGGAUGCUUCUAUCAUAUUCGAAGCUCUGUCUCAAGGCUGUGUUUCUACAUCAGCAUAUCUCACCAUUCAUAACAUGGUGACCUGGAUGAUAGAUAGAUACGGUACAGAGUCCCAGCGGUCCAAGUGGGUCCCAAUAAUGGCGACCAUGGAGAAGCUGGGAAGCUAUUGUUUAACAGAGCCCGGAGCUGGAUCAGAUGCUGCAUCUCUGUCAACUACAGCAAGAAAGGAAGGGAACAAGUAUAUUCUCAACGGAUCUAAAGCAUUCAUUAGUGGAGCAGGAGCUACUGAUGUUUAUUUGGUUAUGUGCAGAACAGGAGGAGCAGGGCCUAAGGGAAUCUCGUGUUUACUGGUUGAAAAAGGUAUGAAGGGUUUAAACUUUGGGAAGAAAGAGUUGAAGAUGGGAUGGAACAGUCAACCCACAAGAGCUGUCAUUUUCGAGGAUUGUGAGGUUCCAGUUGAAAACUUAAUUGGAGUUGAAGGCCAAGGGUUUAAUAUUGCCAUGUCUGGUCUAAACGGUGGCAGAAUUAAUAUAGCGAGUACUUCUCUGGGUGCUGCAGCUCAAUCUCUAAAUAUUGCCAAGGAACACCUGCAGGUUCGCAAACAAUUUGGAAAACCUCUUGCAGAUACCCAGCAUAACCAGUUCCAACUGGCACAGAUGGGAACCAGACUAGUCGCUUCAAGGGCAAUGGUUCGUAACGCUGCCAGAGCAUUGGAUUCUCAGCACCCUGAUACAGUAGCACUCUGCAGUAUGGCAAAACUAUUUGCCACAGAUUCUUGCUUCGAUAUUGUUAAUACUGCCCUUCAGAUGCAUGGUGGAUACGGAUACUUGAAGGAUUAUCCUAUUGAACAAUUUCUCCGAGACAUCAGAGUUAACCAGAUUCUAGAGGGAACUAACCAGGUUAUGCAGAUUCUGAUUUCUAGAAGCAUUCUUACAAAAUAGUUUGUUCCUAAAUUCACCUGCUCACAGAAUUUUGACUGUUCAGUAUAAUCCUCAUUACUUCAAACUUCCAGGUACUGUAAACUGUUAUAAAGGGACAGUACACGCAGCUUCAAUUGAUCCUACGGUUAUAGCUCGGCAUGCCAGGUUCACAACAUUACACUUAAAAGCUUUGUAAGAUCAAGAUUAAAAGAGAUAUUCAUGUUUUUAUCUUCAAAAAUAGAUUAUGUCCACAAGUGAUUUGUCUACUAGUGGACUUCUGUUACUAGUUUGAAGGGUAUCCUUUUAAAUCGGAUAUGUUCCUCUUUAAUUAAACAAACAGACCAGCCAGCAAACUGGCAAGCCAAAUAUAUAAAAAA